AUCUUGGGAUCUGGAGCCGGUGUCCCAGGUUCGGGGGACUCUGUCGGUACCGGUACGGGUCUGCGCCACGCAGCGAGGACGCGGGGUGUCUGGACUCCGCCAUGAUGUAGACGUGAGUUUUCCUGGGAAAUCCUCAUGACACACUACUUCCAGAAGGUCCAAGGGAGGAACUCUAUUCCCUGGAAGCUGGAAAUGGACACUGCAUGACCAAACCAGAGGUCAUCUUUGAGUAGGAGCUUCGAUCAGGCCAUGGACCACAACAGAAGCCUCAGUUCACUGCAGGACAGGUUAUCCAUAUCAGUGUCAGUGGUUUCAUUGAGCUUACUUCAAAGAAGCCAGUGCAGAUGAAGCAUGGCGGCAUCCUGGAAUCCCUGCAUUCGGAGGCAACGGCAAGAGGAUCUCUGAGUUCCAGGCCAGGAUCAUCUUGAUCAAGAGGCACUAAUGCCGUGUCUGUUUCCCAGUGACAUGCUCCUGCCUUGAGGACUAUAUUGAGGACACUGGGUAUUCUGGAACCUGGAAAUGGUGUUGGUGUCAUUUGAGGACGUAGCUGUGAACUUCACCUUGGAGGAGUGGCAGGACCUGGAUGCUGCUCAGAGGACUCUGUACAGGGACGUGAUGCUGGAGAAUUACAGCAGCCUGGUGUCCUUGGGGCACUGCAUGGCCAAACCUGAGUUGAUCUUCAACUUAGAACAGGGACUUGGGCCAUGGAGCACAGCAGGAACCUCAGUCUGGAACCUCUCAGGUGUCAACAAAGUGAGUAGCCUGGUUGAUAGCAUCCAGAAAAGUGAUAGCAGAAAUUUCUGGCAAAUUGAAAUCAACAGCCACACAUCAAAUGAAGAACUGGUUGAAGCAGAACUGAAGAUUCAUGAGGAAAUCCACAGAAGGACAAAAUCCUAUGAAUGUGAAGUGUGCUUGGAAGCAUUGUACCUGAAGCCACAAUAUAGCACACCUCAGAGAGAUCACACAUGCGAGAAUCCAUAUGACUGUAAAAAAUGCAGAGAUGCUUUCUAUUCUAAGUCUGCCUUCAGUCACUAUCAAAGGCUCGAGAGAGGAGAGAAACCGCAUGCAUGUAGAGAAUGUGGGAAAUCCUUCUACUGCAAGUCUCACCUCACUGUGCAUCAGAGGAUUCAUACAGGUGAGAAACCUUAUGAGUGUAAAGACUGCAGAAAAGCUUUCUACAGCAAGUCCCAGCUCAAUGUGCAUCUGAGAAUUCACACAGGUGAGAAGCCGUAUGAAUGUAAAGAGUGCAGGAAAACUUUCUACCGUAAUUCUGACCUCACUGUACAUCAGAGAACUCAUACAGGUGAGAAGCCCUAUGAAUGUAAAGUAUGCAAUAAAGCUUUCUACUGCAAUUCACAGCUCACUGUCCAUCACAGGACUCAUACGGGUGAGAAGCCUUAUGAGUGUCAAGUAUGCAAUAAAGCUUUCUACUGCAAGUCACAACUCGCUGUCCAUCACAGGACUCACACGGGUGAGAAGCCUUAUCAAUGUAAAGACUGCAGGAAGGCGUUCCAGUGCAGGUCAGACCUCACUCGACAUCAGAGAACUCAUACUGGCGAUAGACCAUAUAAAUGUAACGAGUGCAGGAAAGCUUUCUACCGCAGGUCAGACCUCACAGUACAUCAGAGAACACAUACAGGUGAGAAGCCCUAUGAAUGUAAAGAGUGCAGAAAGGCUUUCUACUGUAAUUCACAGCUCACUGUCCAUCAGAGACAGCACACAGGUGAGAAGCCUUAUGAGUGUAAAGACUGUGGGAAAGCCUUUCAGUGCAAAUAUGAACUCACUCGACACCAGAGGACACACACAGGUGAGAAACCUUACGGAUGUACAGAAUGCCAGAAAGGUUUUUACACCAAGUCAGAUCUCACUCGGCAUCUGAAAACUCACACAGAUGACAAACUCUGAAGAUAUAGAGGACAGUAAUACUUAACUGGCAUCAAAGAACACACAUAAAAACUUUUUACCAUAAAAUGAGACAAUCGCAGAGAAUUCAUACAAAUUCAAGAAAGCAUUGAUAUAAGAAAGGUCCCUACCUCAUCUCCAUGUAUAUAUCAAUUAGUUUAGGGAAUGUGAAACAACUCUGUGAGGUCAAAUCUUUUGUGACAUCAUGCAGUAUAUACAGGUAAAUUUCCCUUUGAAUAUAAAGAAUACUAGAGCACUUUUUUAUUAAAUCAUAAAGCGCAUUCAAUGGAAAUCUCAUCCAGACUAUAUCAAUAUAUAUGACAUGAAAAUUUUUGAUACCUAAGACAGGCCUCAGUCUACAGAAAUGCUCAUAAAUUUGUUGUAGUGUAUAGCAAAUGAUUUAGCCAGUUACGGCUUUUCAUCCUGAGCUGUGUGGGAGGUCUCGGCAAGACUCACUUGGACUUGAUGUCUAAUAGCAUAGCAAGACAUGAAAUCAAAAGACCAAGGAAAGCUCGGCACGGUGGGCACUCAGGGAGCAGCGCCAUAUGGAGCAUUGUGAGUUAGUGCUUAACUUCUUCAACAUAGUGUGUGCUGGUUCAGUUAGGGAUUACAGUGAAAUCUUGUCAUUAAAAAAAAGUGAGAAAGUGUUAAAUGGCAAUAAAUCCCACAUUGUGGUUAAACUAUAAGAAAGAAUAUCAGCAACUUUUAAAAUAAUACUUGAAACCUCAGCUGAUGUCAGAAACACAACAGAAAUACAGUAAAGCAUCGGACUGAGACAGGCGAGCACAGGUGCCACAUUACAUCAUCAGUAUAGUGACUUCGGGAUUCAGCUGUAGACACACAGUAGGAACCCCAUCAGUCUACAGGUUAUUAAAAACUGCACUCACACAUUAGCAAGCAUGAUAUCAAGUGCGAUGUGAAAAUGAGUUGAGCUUGAGUGUGAUUCAAUCACACGUGUGUGCAGCACACACAUUUCCGGUUCUCGGUGUGAGAGUUCUUACACAUCAUCUGGAGUUUCGACAUUCAUGCCCAUGAGUCCAUUUUUAGAAACUAUAAGCAAUCUAGAAGAAGUUACAACAAAUUAAUCAUCAUUUUUGAGUGCUGUCAGUGAAAUCACACCUCGUUUAGAGAGACAAUAUGCACGCCAGGCUGACUUUGAAUUCUUUGUACCAUGGGCGGAUCUCGUAUUCACAGUCACACUGAUUCAUGCUCUUGAGAGCUUGGAUUAGAGGAAUCGUCUUCCAUGCAACCAUAUAUGUCUUUUUAUAUGUGGCAUUUUCAGAGAAAUUUAACAUUCUUGUACGUCAUAAAUUUGGAGGAGAAAAUUCAGUUUAUGUAACUUGCAUGUUAAUUUCCUGAUGGAAUUGUCUGAGAUGGCACUGGAAAUGAAGCAUCCUACUGUAUACUACCAAAUAAACACAAUGGUAUUUCCAGCAAGUGUA